GGAGCUAGGCGCCACGAUUCCUGGACUUUUCUCAAGGACUGGAGCCUUGCCCAAACGCCAUCGCUGCAUCGCCAUGCAGCGAUACGUUGAGGUUUGGAGUAACACCAGACGAAUUGCCACAGUUGCUGCUCCAGCCGGGCGCCUCCCAACUUUGCAGGAGGUGACCCAGCAGGUUCAACAAGUUCACCAUGCACCAGACCAGGGUCCGAUAAGGUUUCGCCUAGAUGGCGGGGUUGUUCCAAGCGAAGACGCGUGGCAGCGCCGAGCGCAACAGCAACAAGGGCCAGUUGUGAAGCUUACCCUUCGCGAGCCAGAACUGCUGCGUCAAGUUCGAGCGAAGGAUGGGUCAGGAAAGGUUCCCGGUGAGCGAUAUGCAAUUUGCGGACCAAUUGGCGACACCGUCUAUGACAGCAAGGCUAACUUCCUGACGUGCGUGCGGACCCUGGUUAAAUCUGGCCUUCCUCCAGACUAUCGCCUGGUAUUCCCACCAGCAGAUGAGCAAGAAAUCUUGGGCAUAUUGAGAGGCGAGGCAGGACUGGAGGUCUUGACUGCGGUGGGCUCCAUGAAAUUGACGAAGGAUUGGCACAGGCAAGCCGCCAACGUUGGCGGUUUGGCUGCCAGUGUUCAGUGCUCCUUGAAGUUGUGCAAGGAGAGCUUGAAAGCAGUUGGCCAACGAGGGCAAUUCAUGAAGGGUGUUGCGCAAGGCAUAGGCGGACUGGCCGCCAGCCUAAUACUUGGUAAGCUGGUGCAGAAUGGCCUUGAGUACGCGCUUCCAAGACUGUUCCAAGCAGAGUACGCAGUGGCGAUGAGAAAGAGCGAUGGCAACAGGCAAGAGAUCGUCCGGGUGAGCGAUGGAGUUGCCAGCCGUGAGUUGCUGUUGGGGCUGGAGAUCGAGGAAAUGCUGGCUGACUUUGAGGGUCAAGACACCUUGAAGCGCCAGAUCAGAGACUUCGGGAACUUAAUGUACCAGCAAAGUCAGGGCAAGCCACGGGCGGAGCAACCCUGGCCCAAUCACAUGAUCUUGAAAGGGAAUCCAGGAACAGGAAAGACAACAGUGGCGCGCAUGCUUGGCAAGAUCCUUUGCCAUUUGGGUAUUACCCAGACCGACAAAUUGGUGGAAGUCCAACGGGCAGACUUGGUGGGCGAGUACGUUGGACACACAGCACCCAAAACACGCAGCGUUAUCAACUCUGCCAAGGGUGGGAUUCUUUUCAUUGACGAGGCCUACCGCUUGACUCCUCGCGGAACAGGGGGCAAUGACUUCGGAAAAGAAGCCUUGGAAGAGAUCAUGAGGGACAUGGAGAGGGGCGACCCUCUUGUGAUCUUUGCUGGCUACCAAGAUGAGAUGGAAGCGCUCAAGGGCGCCAACCGGGGCCUGGAACGGAGGAUCCGGCAUGAAUUCCAGAUGGCAGACUACACGCCUCUCGAGCUGGCAAAGAUUUUCCAGCGCAAGCUCAGCCAACAAAAGCUGGAGCUGCGCGACAUCGGUGACAGGGACCUGGAAAUCCUGAUCACGGAGUACACUAGCCCUGCCUGGCGCAGCAAGCACAAUGCCGGCGCAAUGGAUCGAUGGAUGGAUAGGGCCCAGGAGGAGCGAGCCAGGCGCUUUAAUGCCCCAACCUCAAGCCAGCCGCGCGCCAAAAGCAACCUCUUGACUUACGAGGACCUGGCUGCUGCCGUGAAAAGGCUACAGCCUGCCGCAUAGAUAGUUUGAAUCAGUGCAGACAUGCAUGUCCUGCUGAGCAAUUUGUGAGGCGCACUGGGUUGUAAAUUUCGUGAUUCGGUGCGACCAGUGAGUCACUGGAUCAUACGUAGCCUCAGUUG